CGAGGAGGCGCCGGCCGCCGAGCCCGACGGACCCCUGACGCUCUACCUCAUCGUCUGCCUGGCCUGCGUGUCGGCGCUCUUCCUGGCCACCGCGGUGGCCGCCGCCGUGCUGAGGCUGCGUCGCGCCAGGCGGAGCGAGGCCGACACCUUGCCCACCUUCCCGAAGGCUGCCGCGGAGAGCAACGCGGGCUCCCUGCCCCGCAGCCUCGUCUACGACGUCUGCUUCGCCGCCGGGACCGUCAACAGCGAGUUCCGGUUCCUCCGGCCCCUCUUGCCCUGCUUCCCCGCCGGGCUCCCCCCCGGCCCGGGCGAACAGCGGAGCUCCGUGUGCUCGCAAGAGGCGGCCAACCUCGGCGAAGAAGGCGACUUCGGGGCUGCACAGGCCAGCCCUCAGGAGUCCCACACUUUUAGGGCAACAGAAAAAGCCUGCACAAAAGAAGACUUCCCCUUGGUUGAGGAAGACCAAGCUAGGGCACAGUUAAGUAAACUGGAUAUCCGCAAGUCCAUGGGUCCUAAUGGGAUGCACCCACGAGUGCUGAGGGAACUGGCGGCAGUGAUUGCUGGGCCCCUCUCCAUCAUCUCUGAAAGGUCAUUUGCUAGUCAUUGUCGAGGAUACAUCCACCCUAUAACUUAUUCCAUAGUUCAAAAUUCAGAAGAAAAUCUCCAUACGUUUAAAAUAAAUCCAGAGACAGGACAGAUUCGACUGAAAAAGCCGGUGGACUACGAAGAAACAAAGGCCACAGACGGAGGAGGUCUGUCCGCUCACUGCAAGGUAGAGGUGCAGGGGGAGGGCGUGAACGACAACGCCCCCGAGGUGAUCAUCACGUCCUUCAGCAACACUUUCUCGGAAGCCGCCCCGCCAAGCACUGUAGUGGCUCUGUUCAAUGUGCGGGACCGGGAUUCGGGGGACAACGGCAGGAUGAGGUGUGAAUUGCCUGGCAAGCAGUCCUUCAGUCUCACGCCGGUAGUGGUGGACGCAUACGCGCUGGUGACAUUGGAGGCGCUGGACCGGGAGCAGGUGACGGUCCGCGCCCGAGACGAGGGCUUUCCGCCGCUCUCGGCAUCCAAGACGCUGCUUGUGCAGCCCUUGGACGUGAACGACAACGCGCCCGCCUUCUCCCAGGACGUUUACACCAUGGUGCUGAGCGAAAACGAACGCGCGGGGACGAGCCUGGGCCACCUGAAAGCCACGGACGCUGACGCGGGAAAAAUCGCCCACGUCAGCUACGCGCUGGGACCGCGCAGACCGGGCGCGCCCUGAGCCGUAUCCUUCGUGUCCGUGAACGCGGAGAGCGGAACCGUGCGGGCGCUGCUCCCGCUGGACUACGAGGAGGUGCGCGCCUUGGAGGUGACGGUGCGCGCCGCCGACGGCGGCUCGCCGCCGCUCAGCGCCCAGGCGGUGCUGCGCGUGGUGGUGCGGGACGAGAACGACAACGCGCCCGUGGUGCUGCACCCGUCCCGCGACGGCCUGGCGGCGGCGGCGGCGGGCGAGCUGGUGCCGCGCUGGGCGCGGGAGGGCUACCUGGUGGCCAAGGUGGUGGCGGUGGACGCGGACGCGGGUCAGAACGCGUGGCUGUCGUACGAGCUGGCCAAGGCGACGGAGCCGGGGCUGUUCCGCGUGGGGCUGCACAGCGGCGAGGUGCGGACGGCGCGGGCCGUGGCCGAGAGGGACGCGCCGCGCCAGAGGCUCGUCGUGCUGGUGCGAGACCGCGGGCAGCCGCCGCGCUCCGCCACCGCCACCCUCGGCAUCGCCCUGGUGGACGGCUUCUCCGACGUCUUCCUCCAGCUCUCCCAGGCUACUGCGGGGCGGUGGCAGCAGCAGCCGGCCGAAGAGGACAUGCUCACCAUCUACCUCGUUGCAGCCCUAGGCUGCGUCUCGUCGCUCUUCCUCCUCUCCGUCCUCGCCUUUUCGGCGGCCAAGCUCUGCAAGGCUUGACUCCGGGCACGCCUUUCGCCUCCCUCUGCUCGCUACUACGCUGACGGCGACUUCGCUGCUGACGGCGUGGACGUGGCCGGCACGGGGACUGUCUCGCUGACAGAACGAUACGAAGUGUGCCUCAGCAGCGGCUCGGGGAGGAGUCAGUUCUGCUUCCUGAGGACCGUCCUGCCCAACCCAAAAAGCAGUCCUGAGGAAGGGGCGCGCAAGGACGAAGAGCCGCUAUGCAGCUCGCAUCCGAGGGAGAGAGGGAAGGCGAACCAGGGAGCACAGCCCCUCCGCCUGUUCAGCCGAGGAAUGGCCGGACGGGGAUCGCGUCCAUGCCUGAGCCUUACCGAGACCUGCUCCCAUUCCCCGUGA